AAGGUUAGGGUUAGGAGCGUUGGAACCCAUUUUUGUAGUUUAGAGGGAAACCAAAAAAAUAAGGGGAAAAAAAACCUCCUUGAUUUUAUCCUCACAGGGUCGCAAAAUAGGCAAACAGAGGCAUAUGCUCUCGUGACACUGUCUUACGGAGCAAUACCAAGGUUGGUUUGCAGAAGAAGAUAAGGAGGAGAAACAAAAGAAAGGUUUUCAAAUCUUGAAUUGAGAAGAGAAAAAGGAGAAGAUAAAAAAUGGAGCAGGGAAAACAGGGAGUUAUGGCGGCCCCCAAAUUGAUUGCUCAGCAGCAGAACCCAAUAGAGCAAUUGCAGGCUCGUUUCAAGGAGUUGGAAAGUGGGUUCAGGGCUUGGUUGGCAAAGCAGUCUUUGCCUGUCGAAGCCGCAAUUGUCACCGCCACAAGCGCCGCUCAGGGUGCCGCCAUAGGUGCUUUUAUGGGUACUCUUACAAACGACGUCUCUUCCUCUCUUCCUAAUCCUCCUCCUCAGGCUCCUUUGAAUCCUCAAGCCAUGGCUUCCUUCAAGCAAGCCCAGGCUCUUUCAGGAGGUCCCAUUGUCCAAGCUCGCAACUUUGCCGUGAUGACAGGUGUUAAUGCUGGUAUUUCAUGUGUCAUGAAAAGAUUGAGAGGCAAGGAGGAUGUCCAGUCUAGUAUGGUAGCAGCUUUUGGUUCUGGAGCCAUGUUUUCAUUGGUGAGCGGCAUGGGUGGACCCAAUCAAGCAGCCAACGCUAUCACAUCUGGACUUUUCUUUGCACUUGUUCAAGGUGGACUUUUCAAGUUCGGGCAGAAGUUUUCCCAACCACCAGCAGAAGAUAUUUACUAUGCUAAAGCUAGAAGCAUGUUGGAUAACCUUGGCCUCCAGAACUAUGAGAAGAAUUUUAAGAAAGGCUUAUUAACAGACAAUACUUUGCCUUUGCUCAAUGAUAGUGCCCUUAGAGACGUGAAGAUCCCACCUGGGCCAAGACUUCUCAUUCUUGAUCAUAUUCAAAAGGACCCAGAGCUAAAAGGUAGGCGAGGAAGUUGAAACCGUAAUGACAAUCUAGUCUGCCUGCCAAACUACACUUUCUUUUGCCACGGUCAAGAAAGGGUUUGGAAUCGAUAUGCCAUUAGAUAUGUCAGUUUGUUCUUGCAAACCAGAUUUUUACAAUUUGUUUUAAGGGUAAAUUCUUAUGAAGUAAUUUUGAUUGCCAUAGCACCGCUACAUAAGGUGCAAAUCUUGCAGGCUGCAAUUUUGUU